AUGAUAACCAAUGAUGGGUAUUUAUCUCAGAAAAGCAGCGAUCAGACUCAUUUAAAUUCUCAUAAAAAGGGAAAACCAAUUAAUCGGUCUUCAUAUAAAGAUAAUAGUUACACUAUUGAUAAUUAUAAUAACACGAUGUCCAAUGAAGAAUAUUCAUCUAAUCAAAAAAGUCAUGAAUCUAGGCGUGAACUAAGUCCAGAUAAUAUGUUUGAUGACAAUACUAUUGAUAUAAAUGCAAGUAAACACAGAUCAAAUAUAAUACAAUCUAAUAACAGAAAUUCUCCAGAGUCUAUUUUUAAAAAUGGUAAACGUACCAACUCUGAACUACACUCUCUUCAAAAUCAAUGCACCGUAGCUUCCAAGUCUCCCAAAAAGCGAUUUUCGACUCAACAAAUGCUGAAUAGUCUACCACCUGAUGUGUGUUUGAGAAAACUUUUGGCCAAUCAAGUUGUUAUGAAAAUUGAAUUGAAAUCCAUCAAUGAACAAUUAAAGAAAAUAACUGCGUUUAAGGAUAAUUGCUUGGAUAUUGAAAAAGAAGACUUCUCCAAUUUAGACUGUUUAUUUCCUUUGGAAAGUGAGAAUGAUCUAAUAAACAUUGAAAAUCAAAUUCAAAGUACUCCAACUUAUAGAAAAAAAUUGGUGAAAGAAUUAUCCUUGUCUGGAGGAUCAAAAGUAAAAAUCAUACUAGCGAGAAUUUUAAACAAACUAUUCAAAGAUGAACUGCUUCAAAAUUACUCCUACUUUGGCAGGAACAAAAAAAAAAAGAAAUUUUCCAGCCUCUCAAUAUGCAGCGUAAUUCAUGGCAAGUAUACGAAAUUUUUAUAA